UGGGCGGUUCGGCUGCUCCGGGCGCUGUUGUUUGGCGUCUCGGCCUCCCGAGGGGCGUUCUCUGGAGGGCCGCCGGUGCAGGCCGCAGUGACAGAGCCGCUCGCCCCCGCGCACCCCGCCUCUUUCCCGGUGCAGCGUCCGCUCGCGGCCUCCGCGACCCGCAGGCCCAACAUGGCGCAGGAGGUGUCGGAGUACCUGAGCCAGAACCCGCGGGUGGCCGCCUGGGUGGAGGCGCUGCGCUGCGACGGCGAGACUGACAAACACUGGCGCCACCGCCGGGAGUUUCUGCUCCGCAACGCCGGGGACCUGGCCCCGACUGGCGGCGCUGCCGCCGCCAACACGGAGGAAGCUGCGGACGCCGAGAGCGGGACCCGCAAUCGGCAGCUGCAGCAGCUCAUCUCCUUUUCCAUGGCCUGGGCGAACCACGUCUUCCUCGGGUGCCGGUACCCACAAAAAGUUAUGGAUAAAAUACUUAGUAUGGCUGAAGGCAUCAAAGUGACAGGUGCUCCAAUCCAUACCACAAGAGACGAACUGGUUGCCAAGGUGAAGAAAAGAGGGAUAUCGAGUAGCAAUGAAGGGGUAGAAGAGCCGGCGAAAAAGCGAAUCAUGGAAGGGAAAAACAAUUCCACGGUUGAGCAAGAUCAUGCAAAAAUUUCUGCCAAAACAGAACGUGCAUCAGCUCAGCAGGAAAACAGCUCGACAUGUACAGGGUCAUCCACCAAAUCAGAGAGCAGUGGAAACUCCACUCGAAGCUCUGGCACCUCGAGUCAGAAUAGCUCUACAAGUGAUGGAGACCGGUCUCUCUCCAGCCAAAGUAGUAGCAGCGUUUCCUCUCAGGUAACAGUGGCAGGGUCUGGAAAGGCUUCUGAGUCAGAAGCUCCAGAUAAACAUGGUUCAGCCUCGUUUGUUUCUUCGUUGUUGAAAUCCAGUGUGAAUAGUCAUGUGACCCAGUCUGCUGAUUCCAGACAACAGAGUGGAUCACCUAAAAAGAGUGCUUUGGAAGGCUCUUCAGUCUCAGCUUCUCAAAGCAUCUCAGAGAUCGAGGUGCCCUUGUUGGGCUCCUCCGGAAGCCCAGAAGGAGAGUUGCCACUGUUGUCUUCUAAACCUAGUUCAGAGACAGCUUCAGGUGGGUUAACUUCCAAAACUAGUUCAGAGGCAAGCGUUUCCUCCUCUGCUUCUAAAAAUAGUUCCUCAUCAGGCAUAUCCUUGCUCACUCCCAAAAGCAGCGCAUCCACACCUGCAUCGCUGCUGACUUCCAAAAGCACUUCGCAGGUAGCCGCGUCGCUGUUAGCUUCCAAAAGCAGCUCCCAAACCAGUGGAUCUCUGGUUUCCAAAAGCCCUUCCUUAGCAGGUGUGUCCCAGCUGGCCUCUAAGAUUAGUUCUCAGACGAGCACAUCACAGUUGCCUUCCAAAAGUACUUCGCAGUCCAGCGAGAGUUCUGUUAAAUUCUCUUGUUGCAAGUUAACUAAUGAAGAUGUGAAACAGAAACAACCUUUUUUCAAUAGACUGUAUAAAACGGUGGCGUGGAAGCUGGUGGCCGUUGGCGGCUUUAGUCCCAACGUGAAUCACGGAGAGCUCCUAAAUGCGGCCAUAGAGGCUCUGAAGGCCACACUGGAUGUGUUUUUUGUUCCGCUAAAAGAACUGGCAGAUCUGCCUCAAAACAAAAGCUCUCAAGAAAGCAUUGUCUGUGAAUUGAGGUGCAAGUCUGUGUAUUUGGGCACCGGCUGUGGAAAAAGCAAAGAGAAUGCAAAAGCUGUUGCAUCAAGAGAAGCACUGAAGUUAUUUCUCAAGAAGAAAGUAGUGGUAAAGAUCUGUAAAAGGAAAUACAGAGGCAGUGAAAUAGAAGACCUGGUCCUCCUCGAUGAAGAGUCAAGGCCUGUAAACUUACCUCCAGCAUUAAAACAUCCUCAAGAAUUACUAUAAUUUGCCCAAAAUACCACUGCAGAUGAUGUCUGGUAUUUGAAGAGAAAAACUGGCUCACUUUUGUAUAAUACGAAACACAGGCUUUCACAAAUUUUGUAUUGCUUUUUUCCAGUUUUGCAGAAAAUUUACAUUCUAGUUCUCUUCGCACAGUAGAGGUUGUAAAUAAUUUAUGAAUGACAGUACAUAUUAAGAAGUAUGCGUUAACAGCAUACCAGUAUGCUGUUUUAUUUGCUGAAGAAAAUACUGUCUUCUAUUUUUAAUGAUCCGUUAGGUACGAUGUGUAGUUCUGUAGAAUCUUAAAACUUUUGUACUACUUUCAAUUUGGUGAAAUGUAUUAAGUUGUCUACCACGCUUUCCCCACCCCCAGCUGAAUAAACCUCCACAUCAAAGAAAAGGGGACCAUAGUAUUUGAAUGUUUGAAAGUCUGUGAAGCUUAAGGUUUUAAGAAUGUUGCCCAUGAUACUGAACAUGUCUUGUUAAAGAAUAAAAGAAAAAAUAGUUGCCUCAGACUAUUUUUAUGAGAAGUUGUAAGCAUUUUUUAGAUAUAAAGCAGUAUAAAGUACUUAAGGUUAUUUUAUUCUGAAGUUGUUUAAAAUUCACCAUGAUUUUGACCGCUGCAGAUUCUUUAAGUGGGUUAAUUUAUGUUUGAGGUAAAAUACAAUUUACACUUUUUCUUAAAGACAUAAAUGUGGGUUUCUAUAUUAAGCAUAUUUUGUGACUACUAUUAACAGAUUGAUUUGUUUAGAUAUUAAAUGCUUUAAGCUAUUUUACCUUUUCAA